AUGACGCUGAAUUUUAUUCCUUGCAAGGCCAUCUCCAACGCUAAUUAGGGCAUGCUGAAAGCGUGAGGAAUGGUCGCUUAACUAUUGCUCAUCUGCUGUCGCUAUCACUGCUGGCGCUUAUUACGUGACGAUGCUGUGUUUGGUGCCCGCCCGCACAUUCUUUUCUCCCCCACUUUCCCUCACUUUCUCAUCGCCCAAACACCAUCUCAAUCUCUCCUCCUCCUCCUCCUCCUCCACCUCCAAGCGUUAUUCUCACAAAUCUUCGAUCAAGAUGUCAACAACAGCCAUCGAACACAUUGUCCUCUUCAAAGUCAAAGACGACACCGACCCCUCCAAAGUCAACACCAUGCUCACCUCCCUCAACGCCCUCGUCUCUCUUGACCCCGUGCUCCACCUCGCCGCCGCUCCACUCUACCGCACUAAAUCUUCUCCUUUUCCCUUCACUCACAUGCUUCACAGCCGUUACUCCUCCAAAGAUAGCCUCAACGCCUAUUCUGCACACCCUAGCCAUGUCACCGUUGUUAAAGAGUCGGUUCUCCCGAUCUGCGAUGACAUAAUGGCGGUCGAUUGGGUCGCCGAUGAUCUCCAAGGGCCGAUCGUCCCACCUCCGGGUUCCGCAAUAAGAGUGAGCUUCCUGAAAUUGAAGGAAAAUUUGGGCGAGGAAGACAAAGAUGAGAUUCUGGCAUUCAUUAAAGGGAUUAAGGGGAGUAUUGGAGAGAUCAAUCAGCUGAGUUGUGGAGGGAAUUUCUCACCUGCGAGAGCCAAAGGUUAUUCAAUCGCGUCGCUCGCUGUUUUUCCAGGAGUGAGUGGAUUGGAGGCGGUGGAUUCGAACGAAGAGCUUGUGAAUUUGCAAAAAGAAAAGGUUAGGGAUUAUCUGGAGAGCGUUAUUGUUGUUGAUUAUGUAGUGCCAUCUCCAUAACUUGCAAGUCUUUAAUAUUCACAUGCAUGACAUGUCUGAUAUUUUUGUGCUAAGAAUUGAACUAAGAUUUGCUCUAUCAUUGAUUUUGCAUAACAACUUCAGUAUUCCAUAACUAUGGAUUUUUAUUUUUGUC